AUGUCUCUGCGUAUGUCACGCCUUGCGCUGCUGGCGCUGCUCCACUCAGCUGUCAGCAUGCGCUGUCCCGGCUCGGCGGCGUGGGUGCAUGCCUCCAUGGAGGUCGAGGUGCUGGCGCGGGCUCCUUGUCGCCAAGUUGUGGAUGAACUUCGGGCGCGGCUGGACCCGAAGAACAAAUGGCGCGACCCGCACAAUGGAGGAACGUAUGCCAUGCUCGCGGAUGACGAAGAUGUCUUGGAGAUUUCCCGCUUGACCGGCAACAAACAAUACACUGAUAAGAUGACCUUCACCUUCAACGGCAGUGGGGCUACAUGCAGCAUCUAUGGCUGUUCCGAGUCUCAGGUCUUUUCCAUUUUAGACUUCUCCACGAACUAUUGCAACCUGCGCAACCUCUACUGCGGCUCAGAGGAGGGAUGCAAGCCCGUCCGCUACGACUUCAGCACUGAGGAGGUUAGGGUCACUCCCUCCGUUGGAGCCGGCAAAGACAAGAGUGCGUGCAUUGUCGAUGCCACAGAAAAGACGGCGACGUUCCGUUCGGAUGCUGGCGAUCUGUGGUGGGAAUUGCUGCCUGCCAUGAAUCGACCGUACACGCAUGCUGCCGCCGCAGCCUUAGGGGGACAUGUGUACGUCUUCGGUGGCCUGAGUUUUGGUCACGUCUUGGACCAGGCUCAACGCUACAGCCAUGGACAGUGGGAAUGUUUGGACCCCAUGCCCACACCGCGCUUUGAGUGCACCGCCACGGCCACCAACGGGCGCAUCUAUGUGGUCGGCGGCUCCAACAUUUGUGGUGAAGCGCUGUGCUGCAUGGAGAGCUAUGACGCAUCUUCCGGACAGUGGAGACAGCUGCCAGACAUGCGCCAGGCGCGCUAUGGUUGUGCAGCGGCAGCUUUGAAAGGACGUGUUUUUGUUUUUGGCGGACAUGGCCACUGGGAAAACCUCUGCGACGCGGAAUGCUACGAUGCUGAAUUGGACAGGUGGUUUCCACUUCAAGCCAUGGCAGAGCCCAGAAGUCACUGUGGCGCUGCUACGGCGGGUGGUCGAAUUUAUGUCUUUGGCGGUCACAAGAAUGGGCAGGACAUUAUGAGCAUCGAAUGCCUUGACCCGGAUACCUUGACCUGGGAGGUGGCCGCACAAAUGCCCAAAGCUCGCAGCCAUUGUAUGACGGCCACCGUACAGUCCUAG